GCAUACAGAUGUCCCUACUGUACAAAACAGCUGACUCAUAUUUACGUUUUUUUUUACAUUUUCAGUACAUAUUGGACAAAUAUUUAUUUAUCAUAAGUUAUUGAUAAGAUUUUGUUUUUUAAUAAUUAUAUUUUAACUGGCAGAGUAAAUAACUGAUUACAUUUAACGCUUUGAACUCUAUGAUACGCGCAAUGUCGGAUAUUAAUGUCAAAGCGGGCAUAGAAUGCAUUUUAAAGCGCAUCGAUGAGGCUUAUACACGUCGGUCGCCGCAUAUUAAGGCAUCGAAACCACUGCUUGUGGCGGUUAGUAAAACCAAGCCGGUUGAAAUGAUCAUCGAAGCCUAUCAAGCUGGUCAGCGGCAUUUUGGUGAAAACUAUGUGCAGGAGUUAGUGGAAAAAUCGCAGCACCCUGACAUUUUGCAGCAUUGUCAGGAUAUUAAAUGGCAUUUUAUUGGUCAUCUUCAGAAUAAUAAAAUCAAUAAAGUGCUCAAAUUACCCAACCUAUAUAUGAUCCAAACUGUUGAUAACGAAAGAUUGGCCAACGGACUCAACACCGCUUGGGAAAAAUUCCAAAGUGACAAUAAAAAGCCUCUUUCAGUUUUAAUACAAAUCAACACUAGUGGAGAAGAAGCAAAGAAUGGCGUGCCACCAAGUGAAGCUCCAGCACUGUACAAGCAUAUAAAAGAAAAUCUAAAACACCUUCAAUUAGAAGGUGUUAUGACUAUUGGCGCAUUCGGCUUUGACUAUUCAACUGGACCGAAUCCUGAUUUUAUUUCGCUGAUAAAUGUGCACAAGCAAAUCUGUGAAGAGCAUAAACUGGACCCGGAGGCUCUGCAAGUGUCCAUGGGCAUGUCUGAUGAUUUUGAAUAUGCGAUUGAAGCGGGCAGCACCAUAGUACGUGUUGGAAGUGCAAUUUUCGGUUUCCGUGCGAAAAAGAAUGUUUAAUGUACUAAUAUAACGGUUUCACGCACUAAAAAAGCCGAUUCUUGUAUGUUUAACGUGCUAAAUUGCAUAAAAAUUUACUAAAAUAUACUAAAAUAAGUAAAGGACUUAUUAGUCGCUGUUUUGGCUUUGUAAAGUUUUACUCAUUCAUUGUAAUAAGCUAUGAAAGUGUAUAAAAGCUUAAAGCGUUAAGAAUAUAUGUAUACGUAUGUUUAUAUAACUACAA